CUGCGCGCCGAACAAGUGUAAUAGGUUUUCUUUUCCAGAAUCGCAAAUCGAGAAGAACCGAGAAAACUCAAAACCGGCAUUAUUGUUACUUGGUUGUGAGGUAGGGGGUGAUGAAGUUUCACAAAGCUGCCGUGGUACUGUUGAUUUCAAUUCUAGCAGGGACACGAUGUGAUUCCAGUGGGGGGACGAAGGGGCACUGGCCCUCGCAACCAAGCCCGAGUUCCGAGGAUCUCCUGCUCCCGGUCACAAAUGACUUCGUAAACCUGGAUAAGAUCGAACAUUUGAGAAAUGCCAGCCGUGUAAUCUUGCCGGGGCCGUGCUCACACCUCGAAGCGUUUUCCGGAUUUAUCCCAGUCGACGGCGACCGGUCCACGUUCUUGUUCUUCCUACACAUCAAGUCACAGAACGACUCCCGUCAGAAGCCCCUCCUUCUGUGGCUACAAGGCGGUCCCGGGAAGUCUUCUCUAUACGGCCAGUUCCUCGAAAACGGUCCUCUUGGCAUCGACGCCUCCGGGAAGUUGUUCCACAGGAGGCACAGUCUGUUGAAUUACUUCAACAUUAUCUACUUGGACCAACCUGCUGGCGCUGGGUACAGCUUUGAUAGGAAAGGCCAUUACCCGUCCACGCUCGAUGAGGCCACCACGCACGGCGUGAGAUUUCUCAGACGGUUUCUGCGAAUUUUCGAAGAGUACCGUGAUAGGGAUUUCUUCAUCGCCGGAGAAUCGUACGGAGCAAGAUCGGCUAUUGGACUGGCUCAGAGGGUGCUGACACAAAAACCAGCAGAUCCGCUUCCCCUACGCCUAAAGGGAGUGAUGCUCGGCGUCGGCUUUGUCUUCCCGUUGUUAGACGUGAUCAACUCGGCCAAGUAUUUGCAUUGUUCCAGCCUAUUAGACGAACAAGGUCGCGCUAGCUUCGAUAUGCAAUUUAGUAAGAUAAAGCACAUGGUCAUGGACCGAAACUUUACCGCAGCUGCAGAGCAGCUGAGGCAAACGGUUCUCGACAUGCACCCAGCAGGACAGAAAAGCUGGUUCGAGUUGCUCACAGGCUUCGAGAACCACGGAAGCAUCGUGAAACCUGUAACCCCGAUGGAAGUUCACAAAUACCAGGCAUAUGCUAACAGUGAAGACUUCAAAAAGCGCCUUCACGUCGACGCCUCCAGAGUCCUCGACGCCACGAGAACUGAACUUGCAAUGAAGUUAGCUGCGGGAGAAUUCUUCGUUAAAAGGACGUCUACAUUGGUGCACGUGCUCAACAAUGUUCACGUACUUUUUUACACAGCGCAGUUGGACUCCGUAUUCCCGGCGAGUAAAAUGGAACAUCUGUUCGAGAAGUUGCAAUGGAGGGGCUCGGCGAUGUUCAGGAAAGCUGCUCGUAAGCCCUGGUACAAAACUACCACGGGCAAUGCUCAUAAGACACUUCUGGGAUACGAGAAAGUGGCGGGUGCAGUUAUGUAUAACACGGUGCUCUUCGGCGGCCACCAGAUAUCAUUCGAUCAAUCGGAAGCCGUCAGUGACCUGUACGCCAGGUUUCUGGAGUUUACGUCCAUGCCGCCUCCCAGAAAAUGUGAGGAAAGCAAGAACCCUUGCUGAUUUGGCGGUGCUCGAUAUUAUUUGUGCGCCCUCGCGAAUUGCGCAAAACGUUGUUUUGGACCUGUCAAUGCUGUUGCAACUUGCUGACUGCGUACACAAUAAACUCAUUUGACAAGUUGCAA